UUUUGGUACAUUUGUACCACAGGUGGUAUGUUCAAGUCGUAUCGUAUAUGCGGACUGCAUGCAACAAAUUUUUCAACACAGUGGCAACUCCGGCAAAUCAGCUGCCGGUUUGUUAUUUAACUGUCUGCCUUAACUUAGGGACAAGAGCAAAACAAGUGAUAUUAUGGAUUUCCUGACACAAGUAUGGGCCAAGGCAGCAACGACAACGGACACACUGCCUCCAGCUGUGGUGCUGCCAGAUGCCAAACCCGUGGAGGACACAAACACCACAAAAGCAAGCAAAGACUCAGCGCCACCCAACAAAGAACGCAAGGAAUGGGGUUAUGAUCUCUAUCCGGAGCGUCGGGGUGAAGCCUUCAAGCCCAAAUGGACACGCGUACUAUUCGGCCUCGAGGGUCAGGAGAACAUCGAUCGCUACAAGUGCGAACAGAACGUCUAUUGGUGCGUUAAGAAUGGUCCGCUCGUGAAGCUGAUGAUGGGCGCACUGCGCAGCUCCGGCUGCCCAAUGGAUCUGCGGCGACACAUCUCCUGCGAAGUGUGCGAUCCCAGUGUUACAGGCGGCUACGAUCCAUUGUUGAAUCAAAUUGUUGUCUGUCAGAAUAUGGCCAAAAAUAAGAGCAUGGUGCAUGGCGUGCUGACGCACGAAAUGAUACACAUGUUUGACUAUUGCAACAACGAUUUGGACUUCCGCAAUGUGGAUCACUUGGCGUGCACAGAAAUACGCGCCGCCAACCUGGCGCAUUGCUCGUUUUUGAGCGCCAUGAUGCAGGGCGAUGCAUCGCCAUUUAACAUCAAGGAGGCGCAUCAGAACUGUGUCAAAUCCAAAGCAUUGGCCUCGGUGCUAGCUGUGCGUAACAUAACCCACGAGCAAGCCGUGGCUGCGGUCGAGCGCGUCUUUCCCAAAUGCUAUGCGGAUCUGGAGCCCAUCGGACGCCGAAUACGCCGCAAUUCAACGGAUCAGCAAAAGGCGUUCAUGGAGGCGCCCAUGUAUGGCUAUGAUGUAUAUUAGUACGGUUGUACAAAUGUACAAUAAAAUUAUAUUUUAAGAAUUUACCAAGGGCAAUUAUUGCAAUGCAUUAUUAAACAUUGAAUUUGUAACGUUAUUGUACGAAAUUAAAUUAAUAUUGCACAU